CGCGCUUCGGUGCGUUUUUCCGCGACCAGCCACUCAUUGAAGCUCAAGUAUCUUUAAGUUGCAUUUAUCUUCGUCUGAGCCUGAACAAUGUUUAAUUUCGUAGGCACCAACAGCACAAACUGUAGAAAUAAACAGUAUCCAUAAUGACAAUUGUAAAGGAAAGCAGAUAAUAGAAAUGUAACAACAAAAGAGGUGACAACGAGGAAACAACUGGUACAUUUAUCGCGCGACUGUGGGGCACCGGCUGCAUCAUCAUUACGGCCCUGGGGUAUAUCGCCCGAGCAAGGAGGUCUACUCGCGAGUGAGCGCUUCGCGGCCUUUCCCUGCCUCGGUCGCGCAACGCGAGGUUGACUGAACUUUGUUCGCCAACAACGUAUACAGCCAAAGACCACGACCUGCGCUCGCAGCAUCACCGAAACACACAUAGAGGCGCGCGCCUGAAGAGAGAAAGAGGAAGAGAGAGAGAGAGAAAGAGAAAUCCGCGAGGAGUGGCCGAGAAGAAGAAGAGCAAAUUGGUGCUCUCGGGAGCAGGGAAGCAUGAGUUCGCAGGAGUCUCGGCACUCGAGAGCCCAGCCGGGGCCCAGUAACAGCCAGCGCAAGAGCAGCACCGGCGAUUGGGCCCCCACCUCGAGCAGCCGGGGCCCAACGAGCACUCCCCACCAGCAACACCAGCCGGCGCGUCGACAGUCCUCGAACGACAGCGCCUGCUCCUCGCAGGCCACACCCGAGCACUACGACCUCAGCUGCAAGGUGAUGCUGUUAGGAGACAGUGGAGUAGGAAAAACCUGCAUCCUCACAAAGUUUCGCGAUGGUCAGUUUCUCUCAGGGAAUCAUAUUACGACUGUUGGCAUCGAUUUUAGGAACAAAAUAAUCACUGUCGACGACUCUCAGGUCAAGCUCCAAAUAUGGGACACCGCCGGCCAGGAAAGAUUCCGGAGCGUAACGCACGCCUACUACCGCGAUGCAAACGCGCUGCUGCUGUUGUACGACGUGACGAACAAGCAGAGCUUCGAUAACAUCAGGGCCUGGCUCGGGGAGAUUCGAGAAUACGCUCAAGACGACGUAGUCAUCAUGCUGCUGGGAAACAAGUGCGACUGCAGCUCGGAUAGGAUCGUGAAAAAAGAGGACGGACAGCGAUUGGCGAACGAGUACAAGGUGCCCUUUAUGGAAACCUCCGCCAAGACGGGACUCAACGUCGAUUUGGCUUUUCACGCGGUUGCCAGGGAGCUCAAGGCUAGAGCGAAAAAGGAGGAUGGUGACCAGGACGAUGCGCGCUUCAACGUGCAGGACUACCUCCGCCAGAACCAGUCCCAGCAGCGAAGCUCAUGCUUGAGUACCAAUUGUUUGACAACCUGAGCAGGAACGCUGGCAAAGUUCAUCGUCGUCGUCGAGUCCGUUGCGUCAUAUUCCUGCAGAUACAAAAUUAUCUAAGAGUAUUGUGAAUUCCAGAACGACGAGAUAUCUUUUGGCGAUAAUACUGUUAAUUCCCAAGUGCAGGGUAAUGAGCGAUGAUGAUGACGAGCGUUGAAAUGAAACCGAACCGGAAAUUAUUGUAAAAGAAAUGGUGGAACGAUGCGUGGGUUGGCGCAGUUCUUGUAAACUGGCGGGAAAAUGUGAGUAGAAAGCACCAAAUGUACGAGCUUUGAAAAAAAAUAAACAUUGUAUUUCGUUUGGCUUUAGUUAUGAGCCUUACUUACUUACCAAACAAGUGUGUUUGAAUGUUUGAUGUUAUUUGCGAAAUUUGCAGGCGAAACAAUAGUGUCACAGAAAAGUAUACGUAGAAAACGAGUUUUCAAUUGUUAUUAUCUGUAGAAUGUUAAUAUUGCCGAGAGACAUGCUAAUGCUAUGUUACAAUGAGAAUAAUUACAAGGGACAUCAACAAUAUACAACACGUAAUACAGUAGUGAUGGAAUGUGUGACAGAUUUAAAUGUUGGGGGCAUUUGAUGUAUUUAAAUUGUGCCACUAACUGUAUACAGCUCUGAUUUGAAGAUAGGAUUUUUUUUUUUUUUUUUUUCAAUAUGAGGACUGUAGUGUGUACCCAAUUAAAAUAUGUUAAUAUUGAAUGUUGAAAAAUUGAUAAUUUGCAUUAAUAAAAACCUUAAUCAUUUAAGCAAUUUUCUGUACAGCAUAAAAAUCUUAAAGUGUAGUUUAAGCCAGAAUUAAAAGUAGCAAUAUUAAUGAUUAUCUAUUACUAAACAGGACCAAGUUCAGUUAUUCUAAGAAAUCUUUAUUAAAAUUAUAGAAGGUACAAGUGUAUAUGUACCAAAAAGUGAUUGUAAAUGCAGCACAAAGAAAAUAAUAUAUUUUUCUGAGAUACAUGUUGAAGUACAGUAAACUGUUAAGUCAUAAAAAAGAAAGAUGAAUAAAUAUAUUGUUAUUGUACACAUGAGAUAUCUUGAGCUCAAAUUCCUUAUGUACCAAGUGUAUAGUUAUUGCAAUAUGCAUAUAAUCCAAGAUGUUUACCCAUAGAAACAUGUAAUGUAAAGAAAAACCAAUGACCAAAAAGCAGAUUGAUGAUAAAAAUUACAUUACUUUUUAUGUAUGAAUAUUCAGAACUUGACUACAACAAUUAUUUUUACAAACAAGCCAGUUUUUCGUAGUGUGCGUUGUUUAUUUCCUUUCUAUGAUUUUCUUAUUUCUUAGGUUCGAGAUGUAAGCGACAUGAGGUGGCUUUAAAUUUUUGUUUAGUAACUUUUGAGAAUGUAUAUAAGUUUUUGUAAAAUAAA